CGCGCCAGUCUCUCGCGACCUGUGCAUCGACUACACGUCGCUAUCACCGCCGCUAUCGACACAUGUGUACAUCCCUAUUGCGUUCUAUUUUCAAAUCUCACUCUGUGUUGUGACUCGAACUGCCUGGAAUUUUCUAAAUUAAAAUCGGGUUCUGUGAGCCGUUAGUGCAGUGUUGAACACUUGGAUAUGUGCAGUGUCAGAACUGCCGUGUGCUUGGACAGGUGACAAUUGUGAUUGAUGCCGGUGGCCUGCAUAUGAUGCUGUGGAGAACGAACGUAACUCGUCGGAAAUACGGGAGCUGGUCCAAAAUGACAAUGAAAAUCGAGUCACAGCUAUCCCGGACAACAGCUGUCUGUCUUAUGUUAGCAUUAAUAAGUACGAGAGUCCGAGCUGGAGAACUAUGGCCAACGGAGAGGCCAGAUGGCAUGCCCGUCAUCCAGUCAUUAGAAGUAAUGUGCGGGAAAGACCACAUGGACGUACAUCUUACAUUCUCACAUCCCUUCGAAGGAAUUGUCUCUUCUAAAGGACAACACGGUGAUCCCCGGUGUGUGUACGUGCCUCCAUCAACUGGGCAGACAUUCUUCUCCUUCAGGAUCGCGUAUGCCAAGUGUGGAACCAAGCCUGAUCUUCACGGCCAGUUUUAUGAAAAUACCGUAGUAGUACAAUACGACAAGGAUCUGCUCGAGGUUUGGGAUGAAGCGAAGAGGCUUCGCUGCGAAUGGUUCAACGAUUACGAGAAGACAGCUUCAAAGCCACCGAUGGUUAUCGCCGAUUUGGAUGUUGUUCAACUAGACUUUAGAGGGGAUAACGUGGAUUGCUGGAUGGAGAUCCAGGCUGGAAAAGGUCCCUGGGCACCUCCCGUCUCCGGGAUAGUGCCACUUGGCUCCACGCUUACACUCGUCGUUGCCAUCAACGACUACCGAGGUGAAUUCGACAUGCGAGUGAAAUCCUGCGCCGCUUCGGAUGGCUCGGGUCAUAUCAUACAACUAUCUGAUGAAUAUGGAUGUGUGUUGAGACCUAAAAUGAUAUCGAGGUUCCUCAAAGCAAAGGCAGUUGAUGAAAGAGCUACAGUAAUAACGUACGCGUUCUUCCACGCGUUCAAAUUCCCCGAUGCAUUGAGUGUGCAUAUCAGAUGUAAAGUUGAGAUAUGCAGGCACGGAUGUUUGGAUCAUUGCCAACUCGCUGGAAUAGCUCCGGCAUCUCCUGGUGCUUUAGACAGGAAAGAUGACAGGACCCAGCAAGACCACAAUGAAAUUGGUGAUAUAUCAUCGGAAGAUAAUGACUUGCACUUGGCUGAAGAUCGCCAGCGACUUCCUCUAGAAGAGGCAUUUGGUGACGAAGUAUCUGGAGACGCUGUACCAGCUCCAGCACCGCUUCCUCAAAGAGCACCAGCACCUGUCGUUGAACAUACCGAGCGUAUGUCAGCCGUUGAAGAACUGGUUGAAGCAUUGUCCAGACCUUUCACAGAUCAGCCAUCAGAUCUUGGCGAACGUGAACGCUUCCCACAUGGUCCAAGAAAUCUGCCAAUAGAUCUGAGACCUGAACCAUCUGGUGACAAUGUUGUUCCUGCAAAUAAGCCUGGGCCUGCGGUAGCUGGUCCCAGAUCUCUCCGUAAGCGACGCUCAGUUCGUGAUGCAAGAUCAGCUGAUGUUGGUGUGUCUGGUAUUUACGAUGUGGUUUCCGAAGCUGAUCUUGCAUUUGGUCCUUCAAGGGAACCGGUUACUAUAUUCAGUGGAAGAAUUCGUGAAGAGGUGGUCUAUGGCAUCUGCAUGGGCGCUGUAAGCUUCGGUGCGUUGUUCGCUUCAGCAGCCGGGGCCGCCGCGGGCGCAGCAUUAGCAGCUGCUGUCUUGCUCCACAAACUUCGAUCACGAAUGGCAACACAAGCACCACCAAUAACUCCACCUCCAGCGUCACAUUCAUUGGCAGCGUGGAUGGCUUUAAGACUAUUGGGGUCUCCUCACCCACACCAUUCUAGAGACGGUUGACCGAUUAUCAUAAGACUGUUAGAUUCUAAUUUUACUUCGUGGCCAAAACGUUUAAUAUAAGAAAGUUUUUAUAGCUGGAUUAUUUUAUACUAUAAUAUAAAAUCCUUAAAGUAGCCUCGUGUAUAAAAUUACUCAACUUAAUUAUCGUAAGUUUUUCUUCACAGAGAAUAAAUAAUAUUUGUAGUAAAAGGCAUAGCCUGUCAAACCAGAAAUCCUAUGAUAAACGCUGAAUAUAACUGAUUCCAGAAUAUUCCACAUAUGAUUUCAUUUGAUAGGAUGUAAAUUUUAUUGAACAUUUGGCCUUAUGACCUAAGUUUAGUGGUUUUAACUUAUUCCUUUAUCCAUAUUUUAUUAAAUUUAUAGCACGCGUUAUAAGCGGAAAGUAAUUUAAAGAUUUUAUGUGACUCGUUAUAAAAAUCAAUAGCAACAAAUAACAGUAAACUGCAUUUUAAUGAUGUUAAUGGGAAUUCAUUUUGAGUUUUAUUAAUUGAUUUAUGAUUGACCUCGAGCUUUAUCAAUGAAACUUAGUUAAGAAGAUAUUAUUGUACGGUUAACCUAAAGAAAUUCUGGCUCGAAUUUCAGUUAGUAUGUUGUCUUGAAUUGUAAAGUAAAUCUAAUUUGGAAAGAUUUAUAAUUCUUUUAAAAUCAAAAAUUGUUUGUAAUUAAUAUAUUAUUAUCCGCAUACUUAUAAAAAUUAAUGUGAAAAAGAAACCUAUUAAUUAACGUGCGUUUUAAAUAAUGUACAAUUCCAAACAAUUUAUUUAUGUUAUAAUAGACUUGAAGUUUAUGUUUCACCUAACAAUUUGAUGCUAUUUCGGUAUUUUGUAUGAAUACUCCGUAAAAAGUUUUGUAAAUGUCAAACAAUAUCAUGCGACAAUUAAUCUACCGUUUGACUUUUAGGCUAAGUCACGCAAAUAGAUCGAAGCCACUCGCUGACUAUUUGUCACAGAGUAACUUUUUUAACUCGUGCCAAUUAUGAAACGAAUCUAAAAUGGCGGAUCGCCAUUUUGGUUUCUGACGCUGUCAACCUAAACGCAAACCUGUCAACGCUGUAGGGAAAAAGGGAUGGCAGAUAGGUGAUAUUAUAUAUGCGAGAACGAAUCAUUAAUGGCUGCCAUUAGUUUCUUUAUUGGCACGGGUUAUAUAUUAUACUAAAAAGACUAGAUUGUUUGUCACGUCAUGUAGACAUUCGCAGCGAGAAGGAAGGUGACGACUCGCACUGCCAUCUCGACGAAUAGCGCAUUCGCGAUGAUAAUUUUUACACAUGGAGUAGUAGAAUGUCACCAAGCAAAUUUGCUCGUUGCGAUUGUAUUCGUUUCGAGUGACUUAAGAUAACGUAGUGAUAUUGUACAGCUUUCAGGAAUCUUUCUGGUAUGUUUUUAGUCUACGGUGCUUUUUGUUUUAAGAGAAUUUGUAAAAAGCAACUUUUUUUUCUAAAUACACCGUUGGUGCUAGGUCGUGCUACGGACAAAGUCCAAACCCUGAUCGUAUAUAUUUCACAUGUUUAAGUGAUUGCUGUGUAUCAUAACUCAUAAAAUUUGUACAGAUAUUGUCGCUUUUAUACGUUCUUUUAUAAUAUUUAAU